AGAACCGUGGUUUUUGAUCACCUAGUCACAGUACUGCACGCCAGUGGACGGAGGCUGCAUCGAAGGCAGUUCUUGUCUCACGAUGGGACGAAGUCGUUGUUUUUCCUGGCUUUUUGUGUGGUUCACGGUAAUCGUGAAACGAGUCGAGUUUUCCGACGUUUCACGAAUGUGAAUCCCCGACGGACGUGGCGUCCACAGGAAUAGAACAACUUCCGAGGGAUUUGGAAGCGGCUUUAGUGUGACACAGGGCGGUGUCAGGUUAGGUUUUGAGGAAAGGUGAGGGAGUAAAUCGCAAAGCUGACUGGGUUGGCAAGCUGCGUCUCGACGAUGGUCGACGACGAGGAGCAAGAGGAGCUCCGGUGCACAGGAAGCGACAUCGAGAUCGAGGAGUACACCGACACCGAGGACUCGCCAUAUGUCGCUUAUCAGGCCACCGAUAAGCUGUUUGAUACGGACAGGGCAACUUGGCAAAAAUUCAGCUUCAUCGCCACCCUUCUGACCGUCGUCGUGUCCAUUACCUUUUUGAUUAUCACCUAUCCUCUUUAUCUCGAAAGUGUCAGCUACGUGUCCAACGCUUACACAGGACUUCUCUUCACUGCCUUCUUCUCUGCCUUCACCCUGGGCAUCAUAUGCUUCAUCUGGGGAAGAAUAUAUCCACCACCGGCACUGAUUCCAAACAGCUUGCGAAUCAAAAUCCCCCGUUGCGCCCUUCUAAAAAUUAGCCUGAUUUAUGCGUUCUCUGGUAUAGUGAUCACCCUUUCCAUGGACCGGGAUAGAGUUCUGUGUCAUCUACAGGAUCCCAUAAAAGGCAUCACACUGGUCUUCUCUCUGGUCUAUUACUUCUUCUUCUGUCGCAAAAUGAUGAGCUUGCAGAGGAUCUUUUCAAGCACCACUAUAAUAGUGGGUCUUUUCAUAAGCGUGGAUUAUGGCCUUUGCGAUGAAUUUCGAUGCAGGGGGCGGGAGGUUUCAGCACACGUCACAACUAUAAAGGGAACUUGGGGUGUGAAAGCCAUUUGGACCUUUGUUUACGUGGGCGCCCUCGCUGCUUUCGCUAUGUUCUUCACCCUGCUCGAGGGACACUAUACCACUGAGCAACAGAACAUGUGUCAAAUAAUGGCCAGCCAACAGAACUCUUUCCUGUACACGGUUUCAAGAUUAGUGUCUUCUAGAGACAUUCGUCGACGAGGUUCCGAGGAGGAGGGAGGUAGAUUGCUUCAUGUGACCGAUCCUGACCCUACUAUAAAACCAAAACACAUUCCAAAGCCUCCAAUUCUUGAGACGCUGUUCUACAUUCAUCUGAUCGCCUUCUUCGCUAUUCUGUCAAUGUGUUGGAUUGACACGUUACCAGGAAUAGGCAGGGGAUUGUCUCCAGUAGAAUUAUACCAUACCGUAGAGCAUGGGUUCACGUGCCAUUUCAACAACAGCGAAGCUUGUUCGAAUAUUUCUACCCACGGCUGGAUCUUCUUGAUCGCGUACAUAGUAUUCUCGAUUUCCGCGCUCAACUUUCUUUCCAUGUGCGAGAGCGCUGUCUUCACUGUUGCUGCCGCCACUGUGUCUCUUCCUCUGUCUGGUAUCUGGUGGAGCAUUUAUAAAAUGGAUGUUCAUGGUGGUUUCAUCACAUGGUCUCCUGGAGUGACGGGAGAAUUGAUCUGUGCACUGCUAGGUCUUCCUGUAGUACUUCUAGGCUUGGGUCUCCUUGUUAGGUCACACUUCCGGGAUACUCAGUCCUAUUAUCUAACCAUGCAAUCACCUAAUGUACAAUGUGAAUCUUGUCAAAGAUGAACAUCCCUUAGAAGACCAUCUUAAAAGCCUUCUUUUGAAAGAUCUUCAAAAUCUCCAUCUAGAGUCUUUGCGAUUAACUCUGGAACAUAAAAAGUAUAUAAUAAUCAUUCUAUAAAUUUUUGUUUAAAUUUUUGCAUAGUAAAAAAAAAAUUUGACAUUAAUAUUUUAUAAAAAUUAAAUAUAGUAACAAGAAGAAAGUUGAAUACUCUGUGUAAAAGAGAAUUGUGCAAUAACUUAUUAAUUGAUUGGGGAUAGUAAUCCAAAUAAUUUCCAAUUUUGGUACAGAUUUGCCUUGUAUGUUUUAAUAAUUCAAUAUUUAAUAUAGAUAUAUGGAUAACAUAGAUACGGAUCGUGUUGGUUUUUACUAUCCUUAAUCAACAGAGUAUUCUUUCUUCUAUAUUGGAAGAAAGCUUUCUUGUGCACAGUUGUGAUAAAAGUGGUGGCGUGGAGUCGAGAGAAACGAUAAUAUUGAUUAUCUGGUGCACAUAAAAUACACAAAAAAGAGUGAGAAAGAAUGAGAGAAAGGAGGAGGAAGGAGAGAAGCGAUCAAUGUUUCCUAUGUAAUUUAUCACCGCGAACAUCCGUCUAGCUACACAACGUUAUUGCCAAUUUAUAUUUUAU